AUGGUUGAUAAGAAGAUUCUCUUGCUCGGAUCAGGUUUCGUUGCUGCCCCUUGUGUCGAAUAUCUCGUUCGUAAGCCCGAGAAUAAGGUCACCAUCGCUAGUAGAAGACUCGAAAAUGCCCAAGCUUUGGCCAAGCAAUUCCCUGGCACUGUUGCUGUUUCUUGUAAUAUCAACAACGAGGCAGAGAUUGAAAAGUUGGUUGCUGAGCACGAUGUCUCCAUCAGUUUGAUCCCUUAUAUUUACCAUGCUUUGGUUAUUAAGGCUGCUGUCAAGCACAAGAAGCAUGUUGUCACCACUUCUUAUGUCUCCCCUGCUAUGAUGGAAUAUGAUCAAGCUGCUAAAGAUGCUGGUAUCACUGUUAUGAACGAAAUUGGUCUUGAUCCUGGAAUUGAUCAUCUCUAUGCUGUCAAGACCAUUGAGGAAGUUCACAAGGAGGGUGGCAAGCUCAAGGAGUUCAUUUCCUUCUGUGGCGGUCUUCCUGCUCCUGAGGACUCCAACAAUCCUUUCGGAUACAAGUUCUCUUGGUCUGCUCGUGGUGUCUUGUUGGCUUUAAAGAACACUGCUAGAUACCUUGAAAAGGGUAAGGUUGUUGAGGUCUCUGGUACUGCUCUCAUGGACUCUGCAAAGAAGUUGAACACUGGUUACCCCGGUUUCGCUUUCGUUGGUUACGGUAACCGUGAUUCCACCCCUUAUGAUAAGCGUUAUAACAUUCCCGAAGCUGAGACUAUCAUCCGUGGUACUAUGCGUUAUGAUGGUUUCUGUCAAUUCGUCAAGGCUCUUGUCAUUCUCGGCUUCUUGAGCGAAGAAGAGGAAGCUCACUUUGCUGCUGAUGCUCAAGACAUCACCUGGAGCCAAGUUCUCGCCAAGGCUGUUGGCAUCAACGAUACAUCUGCUGAAGCUUUGCAAGCUGCCAUCAUCGCCAAGUGUGAUCUUGAUAACAAUGACCAAAAGGAUCAAAUUCUGGAUGGUAUGCGCUGGUUAGGUUUCUUCUCCAACACCAAUGUACAUCGUCGUGGUUCACUGCUUGAUACCUUCUGUGCCACCCUUGAAGAAAAGAUGCAAUAUGGCGAAAAUGAGCGUGAUUUGGUCUUUUUACAACAUCGUUUCGAAAUUGAACUCAAGGAUGGCUCUCACCAAACUCGUACCUCUACCUUGGUCGAAUAUGGUAAGGUUGGUGGCUACUCUGCCAUGGCCAAGACUGUUGGUGUUCCUUGUGGUAUCGCUACCCAACUUGUCUUGGACGGCAAGUUGACCGCCACUGGUGUUCUUGCUCCCAUGACUAACGAAAUCAAUGAGCCUAUCAUUGAACUGUUGGAACAAGAGGGCAUUGGCAUGAUUGAAAGAAUUUUGUAA